CAGCCGAUUUAAACUCAGGCAUCACUCUGAGGCCCCUCUCAGAGCACACACACUAAAGACAGUGAGGAAGUCUGAAGCAGGACAGAUAGGCUUGAACCAUGCCGGCGUAUUCAACCAACAUGAGGCUGAAGUUUCCAAUUGUGGCCUUGUUGCUGGAGACCGUCAUCAUCAUCCUGUACGCCGUGUUUGUCGUAUAUGAUGAUGGACAUGACCAUCAUUCAGAUCAUCAUAGCAGUGGAAAUAAAUCUGAAGUGGAAAACCCAGUGAAACUCUACCCUAUGUUUCAGGAUGUGCAUGUGAUGAUCUUCAUCGGUUUUGGUUUCCUUAUGACCUUCCUGAAGCGGUACGGCUUCAGCAGUGUGGGCAUCAACCUGUUGCUUGCCGCCUUUGGCCUUCAGUGGGGUUUACUGUUGCAGAAUAUCUGGCACCUGCACGAUGGAAAAAUUAGAGUUUCAAUCUUAAGCAUGAUUAAUGCAGAUUUCAGCACAGCGACAGUGCUCAUCUCGUUCGGUGCAGUUUUGGGGAAGACAAGCCCAGUGCAGCUGCUCAUCAUGACCCUGCUGGAAAUCACCACGUUCUGCAUUAAUGAACACAUCGUUGUGGAGUUACUGGAGGCAUCUGAUGUUGGUGCUUCCAUGACCAUCCAUGCGUUUGGAGCUUACUUCGGUCUUGCUGUUGCUCGUAUGCUUUAUCGCCCAGGACUCCGCGAUGGCCACACCAAUGAGGGAUCCGUUUAUCACUCUGAUAUGUUUGCAAUGAUUGGUACUGUGUAUCUGUGGAUGUUCUGGCCAAGUUUUAACUCUGCUAUUGCCGACCCUGGAGCUCCACAGCUCACUGCUAUCAUUAAUACUUACUUCUCUCUGGCUGCCUGUGCGCUCGCUGCCUACGCUACUUCCAGCCUAGUAGAGCACAAAGGCAAACUGGACAUGGUUCACAUCCAGAAUGCGACUCUGGCCGGUGGAGUUGCCGUGGGAACGUGUGCUGAUAUGAGCAUUGCACCAUUUGGAGCCAUGUUGAUCGGCGUCUUUGCAGGAAUCAUCUCUACUCUUGGCUUUAAAUUCCUCACUCCCAUCCUUGCAUCACACUUGGGAAUUCAGGAUACGUGUGGCGUGCAUAACCUUCAUGGCAUGCCUGGGAUUUUGGGUGGUCUGGCUGGCAUUGUAGCAGCAUCGCUGGAGAAAAAACCAAAAAUUACUCCUGGUUAUCAGGCUGCUGCUUUAGCUUCAUCUCUUGGUUUCGCCCUCGUCGGAGGAGCCAUCACAGGUCUUAUACUGAAGCUGCCAUUUUGGGGACAGCCACCUGAUCAGAACUGCUUUGAUGACUCUCUUUACUGGGAGGUACCUGAGGAAGAGGAGGCCGGUGAAAGUCUUACUCACACUGAUCACUCUAAAAACAAAGCAGAGGUUUAAAACUCUGACAUUGUGCUCUUCAGACAUAAAUCCGAAAUCCACAACUAACUCAGGCAACUUGAACAAUAUUAGUUAUUUGAAGCAGCUCAAACAAACUCUUAUCUCCAAAGCAACUUACUACCUAGUCUACGUGUGCAAGGAGAUUUUAGAAUAUUUCCCCAUAUUACCGGAAGUCAUGUGACUGGGAAACCCAUUUAAACAUGGAUGCUCCACAACAGACUGUCUCCAAUCGGUAAAAACACUGACACCAAUUGGCGCUUGGUUACGUCAACUCUGGUGAACUUUCCAAUUAAACAACUGAGCGUUGUUUUCAUGAUUGUCAUGGAUUGGUGCUUGUUGUCCAUCAGCAACUGGCAAGAGGUGCGUUUUUGACGGAUACCAACAUGUCCCUCCGACAUGUCUCCUAAUCAGAACUCAAUCACAGAACUGAGCUGUUGACAACUGACAAUUUUGUUCAUGCACCGUAGAUCUUUUGAGAUCCUGUGAUUUCAGCUGGUCACUAGCACAGAACCCUAAUAAAUAAGCAACCAAUGCUCCGUAUUUAACACGUACACAUAUCUAUCCCUGCAUUCUUUCACUAUACACUUAAUAAACACACAUCAUCCCCACAUGGAACUGCAUUUACAAACUAAAUAUGAUUAUGCGGCGAAAAUUUGGUUUAAAUAAAGGAUCCUUAUUAAUAGGACAUGUUCGUGAUUACAGAUUUAGAUUUUUUUUUUUUUUAAACUUUAGAUACUUAAUCCUUUCUUUACGCAUAUUGUGAUAUUAAGACCUAAGUGCCUUUCUAAAACUCUGAUCGGUCUAUGUAAAAACAUGUCUAUAUGCAUGCUUUACUAUUAGCUUUAUUUGAUUUCGUUACUCUUUAUUCCUGUCCAUGUUUGACACAGUCAGGAGCUUUUUCUGCUCUUGUUCAUGUCGGGUUCAGAUCUUUUGAGUUCACGACCUUCGAAAUCUGUUUUCAUUUCAUCGGCUAUUAAACACUUACAGAGUUUGUUCACGUGAUAUGAUGUGUCUCAAACGAUCCUUUAUGCACCUGAAUUCAAGCGUAGCACAGUGUGUUCUUACUAAAGGAAAGCAGUAGGAAUGAUCAAACAAAAAGCACACGUGCAUAUCUGUUGAAAUGAAAUAUCAUGACAUCACAACAAUUUGAAUAAUGAUGAUUUGAAACAGUUGUCGCUAGUGAACUCAGAUGUUUGGUCCUGAUUAAACAUCACAUAUAGGUGACUGGCUUAUAUGAUUAAACACUUUGUGCGUGUGCAUAUGUGCAUGUGUGUGUGAGUGUGAAUAGAAUUUACUCAGCAUAGUUAGGAUGUAGGUAGCUUGGCAGAAACACAAGAUAUUAGGCUAUAAGGAUAAAAAUGUAACAAUUAUUUCAUUAAUAAAUGUUUUUUUUUUUUAUACAA